CCUCCCUCCCUUCCCGCGGCUCCACUUUCGGCUCGGGAUCGGGGAAGGAGGCGCCAGGUGGAGGGAGGGAGCCAGGCUGCGAGAGCGAGAGGGUCCCCUCCCCCUGCGCCCGUGGGUUGGGGCCAGAGCCCGGCGUCUUCUCCCCGAGGCAGUAAUUUCCCAAAGUCCCAAGGAAUAAUUCGCAUCCUUCCAACCAUGGGGUCUCCACCCAGGACAAUAUUGCCCUGCCUUUGGCUCCUGGCACUUCCUGUCAAAAUGUGCUUGGCUCAGGUGACUCUCCCACCACCACCAGGGUGUGGUAAGGACUUGAACCCCAUCUACUACAAUCUCUGUGACCUAUCAAUAGCCUGGGGCAUUGUUUUGGAAGCUGUGGCCACUUUUGGUGUUGUGACCAGUUUUGUGCUCACUGUUGUCUUAGUGGCCAGCAUGCCUUUUGUCCAGGACUACCGGAAGAAGAGCUUGGUAGGGACUCAAGCUUUCUUUCUGUUGGGCACCUUUGGGCUCUUCUGCUUGACCUUCACCUUCAUCGUCAAGCAAGAUUUCCCCACAUGUGCCUCACGACGUUUCCUUUUUGGUGUCCUCUUUGCCAUCUGCUUCUCUUGUCUGGCAGCCCAUACUGUCAACCUCAAUUUCCUUGCCCGGCGCAAUCAUGGCCCGCGGGGGUGGAUCACCUUUGGCAUGGCAUUGGUCCUGGUCUUGGUAGAAGUCAUCAUUAACACCGAAUGGCUCAUCAUCACUGUAGUACGGAGUGACAAUGCAUCCAAGGACCCCUGCACUGUCAGCAAUGAAGACUUUGUCAUGGCCCUCAUCUAUGUCAUGUUCUUGCAAGUAGCUACCUUUGUGGCUGCUUGGCCGGUCUUGUGUGGCCACUACAAGCACUGGAGGAAACAUGCCAUUUUCAUUCUUCUCACAACCUCUCUCUCCAUGGCCAUCUGGAUAGUGUGGAUUGUUAUGUAUAUUUACGGCAACCAGAAGGAAGGAGGCACAGCUUGGGAUGAUCCCACAAUGGCGAUUGCUCUUGUCUCCAAUGCCUGUGUCUUCGUUUUCUUUUAUGUCAUCCCUGAGAUUUCUCAAGUGAUCAGGCCAGGACCAGAGCAGGUUUAUGAGGAUGAUGUCUACCCCACUCGAGGUGUUGGAUAUGAGACAAUUCUCAAGGAACAAAAGUCCCAGAGCAUGUUUGUGGAGAACAAAGCCUUCUCAAUGGAUGAACCUUCUUCAGUCAAAAAGCCUGUGUCACCUUACAGCGGAUACAAUGGGCAGCUACUGACCAGCGUGUACCAGCCAACAGAGAUGGCUCUGAUGCACAAAGGACCUACUGAGGGCCCCUACGAUGUCAUCCUGCCUCGGGCCACAGCCAACAGCCAAAUGAUGGCCAGUGCCAAUUCCACACUUCGUGCUGAAGAGGCCUACAUGUCACAGGCAAAGCAAGCAAUGGCCCAGAAGGAUGGAAAGAGUGGACAGGCUUCAUCUCCAUACAGCAAGAGCAGAUGGUAGAUACCUCAGCAGGCCCCAUUUCUUCAAGGAUGCCUUGCAAACUCUGUCUUUAGAGAAGAGCAUCAAGGCCUCAGUUUGCCUUUUGAUAUGUCAUCAUGGAAGCUGAAAUAAUGCUUAACCCAAGUGCUUUGCUUGACUUCUUUUACUUAUGUGUAACCCAAGUGCUCUGCCUUACUUCUGCUAUAGAAAAUAUGGAUUAUUCUACUGAGAUGUACUGAGCGUAUUUUUAGGAUAUUUUAACAGAAGUACUUCUACUUCUACUGAUCUUGGAAACUUCAGCCAAGUUCUUCUUAGUGCCAUCUCUGCAAUACAGCCAACCAGCACUUUGGGACCCAUCUCUUUUUUUAACUCCAUAACUUUUGAUGGACCAGGUUGACUACUGGUUUGCUUUCUACUACCCCCACCCCAUUUCUGCUGUAAAAUUACACAUUUUCCAGCACAGUGAAGAUCUUGCCUAAGUUUCAGCCAAGUCUCUGGGUGGAUAAUUUGGUGUCUCUUCUUUCCACCUUGUUGCCAGAUUCUGCAAAGGAGCUUCCGAACUCAAAAGGAUGUUGUUACAUGGAUGUGGGUCCUUCGUGGAGACUUUCUAUUUGCAGAAAGAACUCAGGGACUCUAGCCCAAGUUGGGGUCAGAUCGUCUGUAGUCCUCCUCCUGCCUUUGGACCAAGCCCUGGAACUGACAAUGUUAUGUUGCUCUCAGAUUCUUUGUUCAUUUCCUACACUCCUCCUGCAACACAAGUUAAGGCAGCAGACAGACUAUUUAUACUUGGACUUUUAAACUACUAUAAUCUCAGUGGAAGAAGUAGAGCCCCUUGUGGCACAGUGGGUUAAACCCUUGUGUCGGAAGGACUGCUGACCGCAAGAUCUGUGGUUUGAACCCAGGGAGAGGGGUGAGCUCCCAUCUGUCAGCUCCAUCUUCCCAUGUGGGGACAUGAGAGAAGCCUCCCACAGGAUAGUAAAACAUCUGGGCAUCCCCAGGGCAACGUCCUUGCAGAUGGCAAUUUCUCUCACACCAGAAGCGACUUGCAGUUUCUCAAGUCGCUCCUGACAUAAAUAUAUAUAUAAGUGGAAGAAGUUAGGGCUGGGUUGUCUUGAAUGUACUUCUGCAGAACAUUUCAGAAGUCUGGGUCAUGUAGGGCCUGUAUUUUGACUUACUGAUGCCUGACUUGAUCCCAUCCAUUGAACAUGAAAGAGGCAAUGACAGAUAGGCAAAGCAGACAUACAGGCUAUUUAUGGAUUAACUGAAUAUUCAAAUAGUACUUUCCAUGCUGUUUGACAAUUGUGGGAGAUCCAUGAUGCUUGCUGCAUAUUGAACAGCAGUUUUGUUUCAGUAGGAAGUCUUCCCAGCCUGCCCUUCCCUCCUUUUAUCACAUCUACUUUGUCAGAUGCAAAUUAUGUGUACAAGUAGAACUUUAUUUACUUUAUAUUUCUAUCUCGCUCUCUCUCACCCCGAAGGUGACUCAGAACUUGGAACUUGGAAACUCUGGGACUCCGGCAGGGCAAAUGGCUAUGGAACAUGGAAAUUUUACCUUUUGGGUUAUAGUUUCCAGAAUCCUCCAGCUGGUGAAAUGGGUGGGUGUGUACUUUGAGAGACGUAGUCCAAAACUUAACUCUCCUAAGCUCUGUAAAUUAGCACAGACUACAGUGCGGGUGAUGGAGCAAUCUAAUUAUAGUGGAGCUUUGGUAUCUGCUGAAGUUUAGUUUCAAGAUCCCAGCUGGAUAAAAAAUCAAUAAUUGUCCAAAUCCAUUCUAUACAAUAGUGUAAUAAAAUGGCGUCACUUUUAUAAAAUGUUGAACAAAUGAGUGCUGGAGAGAGCUUGAGGAUCUGUGAAAUGGCUAAAGUAGGAUAUGCCUACACAUCAGCAUAGUUCAUGACAAAAUCAAGAUUUUCUUUUUUUGGAUUUUUUUGAGGAGAGGGGGAUAUUUGAGUUGUGUUUUGUUGAAUAGGUGGAUGCAGAACCCAUUGAUGAGGAGGGCUGACUACAGAAUGAAGCCAGGGUCUCUGUCAGGGCAAGGGAUAUGUUUAUUGCAGAACCAUGUAGUAAAGUAACCAUAAUACAUUUCUGAAAAAUAAAUAAGCUGAAUUGGAAUUUCUCUCAAAAGUGGACUCCCAGGCAACUGGAAGUGGCCAGGUUGCCAGAGAAACUGCAGUUUCUCUGUUCAGUGGAUUUUAUCUAUUUCUUACCAGUUGGAAAUGGUCUACAUCAGUUGUGUGUCUUUUCUUCUUUAGACUGGGGACGGUUCCAGGCAGGACUUUAAUGUGAGCACAAUUGCGGUUUAAAAACCCAAUUGGGCCUGCAUCGGAGUCUAGAGAUGCCCCAGAAACCCUGCGCUUUCCAGGAGGAGUGUGUCCAGAUGCCUUGUCAGCCUUUUUGGCAGCAUACCCAGACAAAACAAUGCCCCCCCCCCCGCAAAGCCUUUUAAAAAGAAAAUAACCCUAACCUGGCCACCAUUACAAUGCUGCGGGAGCUCUCCUGGCAUUUAAAAAUGACGCAACAGUAGAAAACGGGGCCAGGAGCGAUUUUCCUCCUCCCCCUCUUCUCCUGGCACACCAUUUGUGCACUCCAAGAGAGAUCCAGGAACAUGGUAAUGGUGGCCGAGUAAGUUAUUUUCUUUUUAAAAUGCUUUUCUGGGGAGGUUGGGGCGGGCGUUAGAGCCCUCUUGGAUAUUCCGGGUUCACGGAGGCCAGAAAACAGGAGAGGGCUGUGCAGAUGGUCCUCUCAGAAGUCCCAGGACUCUGCCAACAGCUGGAAAAACCUGUUGCCAAAUUACUUUGGGACAAAGCAGGGCUUUCCUGCUUUGUCCCAAAGGAAUACGUUUUUACCUGAGGCGUUGUUUGGACGUUCCAUGUAAAAACACAGAUGCUCGCGCGUUUUAGGCGCUGUCUGGAUGCACCUUGGAUCUUUCUCAUCUAUUGAUCUGCAUACAGUAAAGUGAUAUAUAGUUCUGACUACGGUUUAUAAUUACAAUGAUUUGUAAUAACAAAAAACACACACCUAUCCUUAGCUUCUGCCUUGUAGCCAUAAGUGCUUCUACAAGCUACAGAUGAUACAUUUGCAUCUGACAAAGAGGGUUCUGGCCCACAAACUGUCUGCCACUGUAAACCUGUCAGUCUUUCUAAAAUACUGUCAGAUUUAUUGCUAUCACACAAAUGCUUGUUGUUGGGCUAUGUCCUGAGCAUUGUCUUUAUGCACCGAAUAAAUCCUGCCAUGCCACCAUUUAUUCUCUCCUCACUUUAGAUUGGAAAGAGUUGCUGUUUCUUUAGAGAAUACAGUCAGGAAAAGGCCUAGGGCCAAACUGAAGAAAUGUUUGAAGAACAGGAGUGGGGAAGCAAUGCAUAUCCCUAGCAAUGCCUUCCCAUCAGUCCUCUCAAGGCCUCUGAAUGGGUGUCCUUGGUGCCUUUGGCCAAUGAGCCAACCUUUUCUCUUAUGCUCUCUGUUUAGGGAGUCUCUAUCUACAAUGAGAGGAAGGACCACAUCCUGCCUAUAGGGUUCAUCCUAUAUCUGUGUUCAGAAACACACUUAUCAUGGUGGGUCGAAAAGACUUGCACUGAGUCAUGAUUUCUGCCCAUUUUUGCUUAGAAUGAAGUUCUAGAUCUUGCUGUAUGUAGGUAUUUAUUUGCACACAGCAUUUUGGUGAGACAGUCUUUAUACAGAUAAUGACAUAUGAUAUUACCUUUUUCUGUUUUUAAAAAUAAUGGUUGUGAGUGAGUGGUGGGAAGAAAAGGAGAGGGGAAUAUGUGUGUGUGAGAGAAAGUGUGAGUGGAUGAGUGAGGCUAUGUUUAAUCCAAGUGUUAUUUAAGAGGGGGAAGGAAGUGUGUCCUCCUAGAACGUGGGUUUUUUAGCCCAGACUUACCUGACAAAUUAAAUUCAUUUUUUCCUAAA